CACUCUGGCCCGUUCCCGUUUCCACGCCAUUGGAAAACGCUGUCCGAUCUGUUGGGCGAACAAGAAGCCCUAGUCGACGAGUCCGUCUCUUUCUCGUGCAUCGAUCCGAUUCAAGCUCCCCAAGUGCGAAUCAUGGAUUUGGAGCGCUCGGUAAUGGCUCACGGCAAGGCGGCACCUGCCGUCCAGGCUUCCUUCCUCGCCGGUAGAAUCUGGCGUAGGAGGUGGAUUGCUUGUGGGUAUGUUGGCUAGCUUCCUGAGAAAAUGUUGCUAAUUGAGCUUCAUUGUUCUUGGUCCUUAAAAGACCUUAAAAGGUUAUGAGGAGGCGCUGACCCUUUGUGGACGGAUGCGCAAGAGUGCCGUACGACUUAGGCAAAUCCAGCUAAAUCUAUGACAAAUUUCAUGAAAGACAUUCCUUACUGUUUUGCUAUUGAUUAAAGAUUGUUAUACCAACAAUGGGUUUUCCUUGAUGCAAGCAAUCUCAUCAGCCUGGAGGUGGCACUCAUCCAGAUCUUAAGCACUUCCAGGGACCUGAAUACAUAUAGAUGACUAAUGGAAAACUUUGAAGGUUCAGGACAUCAACUAGGGGAGAGGCUCUGGUGCAUGCUUCUGUUGAGAGAUGCAGUUUCUUUUCAGUGAUGCUGCAGCCUGUUUUGUAGAUCAGAAUACCUUCGUUUGUGUCACUGAGAAGAUCAAGCUGAGCUUGAACCUAAGCUUCCACAAUGGCACAGGAGAAAAAAGUUAAUUACUACUCUCUCAUUUUGUCACCUCAAAUAAUCCUGGAAGUCAGUUGGUUGGCAGACAUCAACAGCAGCACACAAUAUGGUGACUAAUAACGCCCAUCAAAUCUGUAUUUGCCAAGCUAAUGGGAGAGAUGUUGCAACGUAGUAGAAAGCAUUGCACUCAUCCGAACUUGCACCAGCUCAUUCGACCGGCUCCACACACCACCACAAAAAGCUUUAUAUAAUGGCAGGCCAACACACCAAACCUCGGAAGACUUGUCAGUGCGAAGCGGCAGAGGAGAAUAGUUCCAUGGCGGAUCAGUUCCAAGCAGGCAGCUGCAGCGACGGGAGCUGGUGGAACACGGCCAGGACCGGCGGCCCGAUGAUCCCUGCGUCGGUCUCGUGCUCGACGGAGAUCACAAGCAGCGGGGGGAGCUUCCACUGGCCGGCCGUCGGCGACGUCUUCGAGGCCAAGUCGAGAUCCCGCGAUGAGUCGCCGGUGUCGAUCUCGAAUAGCUCCAUCACCUUCCAAGACCUCCAAAACUCCCACGGUUCGGCUCCGGUGAUCACCACUCCACCGGCCAUGGAUUUUGGCCUCUCGUCCCCUACCGCCGACUGGAGUCAGCCUUUCUUUUGCAGUAGCAUGAACGGAUCAAGUUUCCUACACGACCACCAUGUCUUGAGCUCCAAGAUCAAUAGCAUGCCGCUCCUUUCGGCAUCCGGUGGAUUGCCUUCUGCACUGCUACAAGACCUUCUCGAGCCAGACAGCAGACUGGAAAGAUCACUUCACGACGCACAGGUGAUGAAGAACAAGUCCUCCAUCGACUACCACGAGCAGCUUUUACCUCCGAAGCAGCAAACGCACUUCUCCGACAAGACACCCUUCUGGGAUCCAUCAGAGAGCAGCGUGACAGAAGCCCACUCAAGUUUCUGCAACAAUCCUUUCGCCAAGGCGAACUCAGGAGUUGGUGUCUCUUUCCCCACCUUGGAGAAGAAAGGUGGAAGUGAACCAGCAGGCAAGAAGCCCAGGAUCGAGAAACAAUCGCCAUUGCCGACGUUCAAGGUGAGGAAGGAGAAGCUAGGAGACAGAGUGACCGCACUGCAGCAGCUGGUUUCACCUUUCGGAAAGACCGACACUGCAUCGGUACUCCACGAGGCGAUCGAAUACAUCAAGUUCCUUCACGAUCAAGUCCGUGUCUCAAGCGCUCCGUAUCUGACCAACAGCCAGCAGAUGCAGCAAGUAAAUGCAACCAAGAGCCUGGACAAGACGAAGGAUUGCGAAGGACAACAUCAAGACCUCAGGAGCCGAGGGCUGUGUCUGGUUCCAAUCUCAAGCACAUUUGCGGUUGCUAAUGAGAUCCCUACCGAUCUCUGGAGCACUACGUUUAUAGGAACGUUUAGGUAAGCAGAAGAUAGUCCUCUUGAGGAGGAGGCAGAUCAAGCACUCCUCCACAGGCAGUCUGCUGCCAAGCAAAGAAGAGAUAGGAUGGUGCGGAGAGAGAGAGAGAGAGAGAGAAGGGGAAGGAAAGAAGUGAGAGGUGGAUGAGGGAAGUGGAGGAGGUGUUGGAAUGUGGAAAGCUGACACCACUUAUUUCUUUCUUUUCCUUCUCUAUUGUCAAACCAAAUAAUAUUAUUGUAAGAAGGAUUCGAGCUGUUCUGCUUA